CAGGGGCGGGGCUUGCAUACAGCAGUCAACAUCCUGAUGUAAUUUUCUCCAAAAUGGCGGAUCGCAAAGAAGAUGACAUCUUAUCAGAAAAGGAUGAGCCGGAGAGUGAGGAUGAGACCUAUGAGGUGGUGGACCUGACAGAGUACGCCCGGAGGCACCAAUGGUGGAGCAUGGUGUUUGGGAAUAACAACUCUGGUCCCCUCGCAGAGAAAUACUCUGUGACCACGCAGAUCGUGAUGGGAGGGGUCACUGGCUGGUGUGCAGGAUACUUGUUCCAGAGAGUAGAGAUAGCUGCUACUGCCAUAGGUGGAGGGUUCCUGUUGUUACAGAUAGCGAAUCACAGUGGCUACGUGCAGGGGGACUGGAAGAAAGUGAGAAGGCACGUGAACAAAGCAAAGAAACACCUGAAGAAGAGAACCAAGCAAGGCCCUGAAAUUAACUCCUUCUUCGAGGAGGCCACAGAGUUUGUCAAGAAGAACAUUGUCCUGUCCAGCGGGUUUGUGGGUGGAUUCCUCCUGGGCUUUGGCCUCCUAAGGGCGUCGGGGCCAAUUCACGACUGAGGAAGUCAUUACAUAGGAAGAAGGAAGCUGUCAUUACUGUGAACUGAGUCGCCACAGGGAUGUUGUCAUUAACUGUGAAUCGUUGUCUUUCUCCCAGCACGGAACUAGUCAUGAAACGGGUUUGGGAGGAGGCUGAAUGUGAAGCUGCCACUUUAUGCCCCCUGGGUGUCUCUUCCUGUUACUGCCCAACUGAUCUGAGUCUAGCUUGUCCACCCUCUUUUUAUUCUAUUUAUCUGGUGGUUUCUGAUCCAGGAUCAGUUGUUUGGGCCUGUUGAAUAUGGAAUCUUUAUACUUCAUAUUCAUAAUCAGCACUACCUCCAACAUCAAUUAUGUGAAAAUGUCACGUUUCUAUGUUUUCAAUCAGCUAUAUUAUAUUAUAUAUAUAUUUGUUCACCGUCAUAUGGUGUGCAUCGUGUGAUUUGAGUCAAUUAGUGAGCAAUGCUACUCAUAAUUGUUGAAAUCACGAUGCCACCAGAUGAUGACAUUAGAAAAACAAAUGUUGACUUCAAAACAUAGAAACAUGGCAUUUCACAUACGUUGAUGUUAGGGUAGUUCUGGAGAUGAUGAAUGCAAUGUUGAAAAUGUUAGAAAUGUCCCUUUAAGUGCACAACUUGACACCUCUUGAUACACUAUGAUAUACUACUAAUAUACUUGUACCACACACUGAACAUAGGAUUACUCGGCCCCUGUCUAUCUUGUGCCUCUUUUACCUGGAAGAACAGGUCUAGGAUCAGGGCUGUGUCCCAAAUGCCCAUAGUGCACUAUUUUGACAGAGCCUUAUGUAGGAAAUAGGGUGCCAUUUGGGACACAGCCCAGCUUCUCCCUACACUCAGACCAAAGUUUUACCACCUGUGCUAUUCACACAAAAUGUGUCUGCAGACCUGUUGUUACGGGGUUAAUAUACCAACACCUGAUCACUGCACCUUCGCUGGCUAAUGUACUGUAGGUAUAUCAGUGUUCAGGUUAGCGUUUUUCAUAAUGAAUCUUGUUUUGGAGGCAGCUCUGCAGAGUGGUCACUAGUUGGCACAGUCACAAAAUCUGAUUUUAAAAUCUAACUGUAACCACAAUGUUAACCCUAAUGCUAACCUUAAAUUUGACCAAAAAGUUAAAUGUAGUUUCCAUUAAUUUUUUACAUAUAGCCAAUUCUGACUUGGCAGCUGGCCCAUCUAGCGGAUUCGCUUAGUUCUGCCUCCAGGACAAGACUCAUUCCAAAAAUGUGAACCCUGCUAUCAGUGUAGUAAUAGGAAAACAUGUGAUUUAGUCACGUGUGAAUAUACUAUCAGUUUUAUAGAUAGAAGGAAAUGCACAGUAUAAAGUCAGUGUUCAGUUGCUCCAUAUUGUGUCUUUAACUAUUUAAAUAUUACGUGUCAGGAGUAUGAUUGUCCAUUUGUUUUGUACUUCACCAAGUGCACAUUAACUUCUUACUGCUGUUAACCUCCAUUUUUUAUGUUCUGACUUCCUGAAUGCUGUUUUGUAAUCUUGAUAACCAACUAACCAUAACUAUGGAUUUGUCUUAUGUUUCUGUUUUGUCAAAUAAAGUUGCCUGAUUUUUGUUGGUUAGCAAUGUUAACAGUUGUGUUGGUCACUGGACUGCAUGGUAGACAUGCAUACAAUCAGGGCUUGGUGUGUACACUGAGUGGAUUAACAGUCUAUCUUGACACGUUUAACUUCUCAACAAUAUACUUAUUUUGAUUAUUAAAGCCAGCAUGACUUUUCAGAUUUCAGUAGCUCUAUGGCUGCCUUUACACAGGAAACCCAACUCCGAUCUUUUGCCAAAUUAUUGGUAUUUUGGCCGAUCAGGUCAGAUUUUUUGCCAGUAAUUUCGGCAAAAGAUCAGAAUUGGGCUGCCUGUGUAAGUGUAGUCUAUGAGUUCCGGUAAUGCAAAUGUCCAGAUUUUAUGAUGUGAAUAGAAAUGGAUGCUUCCUUGUGUCUGCAUGGAGGAUGGGUUUGUAAUAACUACCAUGCAUGUCACAGCAACAAUGAAUGAGCAUUGUCACAAUACUAAGAUAUUUCACCACUAUGUCUGUGCAUUCAUCUACACUGUGAAAUMUGCUUUUGAAAGGUACUGCAUGUAGAAAGAGGCAAAGGAAGAUACGCACCAUAUCAAUCUAAAAUAAGUACCAAUUGUMAAUUUUUUGUGUUUACCUCUGUCACAGAGUACAAUAUCAAUUAAUAAAUUAAAGAUUUUUUGGUUU